AUGGAGACGAAGCAGCCCGAGCAGCUUCAGUCCGAGGAACCUCCAGCACCAGCUCCAGCUCCCCCCAACGGUGGAUUGGCGGCCUGGUCAGGCGUCUUUGCCUCAUUUCUUCUUUUCUUCACCACCUGGGGAUUUUCCACCGCUUUCGGUUCCUUCCAGAGCUACUAUCAAUCCGAUCUGCUGCACACCAACUCACCCUCGCGCAUCGCCUGGGUGGGCACUGUCAAUGCCUUUUUCCUUAUCUCCACUGGUGUCAUCGCCGGUCCCCUUUUCGACCGGGGAUACCUUCACCAUCUGAUGAUCGCCGGCUGUUUCCUGACCACCUUCGGGCUCAUGAUGCUGAGUCUGUCCACUCAGUAUUACCAAGUGUUUCUCUCCCAAGGACUCUGCUGUGGCCUUGGUAGUGGCUUGAUCUACGUCCCUGCCUUGUCGUUGGUCUCAACGCGCUUCACAACGCGCCGGGGCAUUGCAGUUGGCCUGGUCACCUCAGGAGCCAGCGUGGUCCCGCUGUUGAUGGUUACCACCAAGACCCGACGCGGUCCUCCCCGGCAACUCAUCCACUGGCAUGCCAUGAAGGGAUGGAGCUUCAACGCUUACGGGAUCGCCAACUUCCUCAUGUUCAUGGCCUACUUCAUUCCACUCUUCUACGUCCCUGCCUUUGCCUCUACCGCGCUCCACACUUCCACCGACCUCAGUUUCUACCUGGUCUCCGUCCUCAACGCCGGUUCCGCUUUCGGCCGCAUCGGGUCCUCCCUACUGACCUACCGAGUCGGCGCCAGUCACAUCCUCCUGGCCAGCGUGAUAGCAUCCGCGACGCUCCUCUUUGGCUGGAUUGGCAUCCACUCAGUUGCCUCGUUUGUCGUCUUCUGCGUGCUCUUUGGUAUUUUCUCUGGCGUGCUCAUCUCCGCUAAUCCACUGGUCAUCGCCCACCCGGUAGUCUCGCCCACUCCUUCAGUAAUUGGGACGCGCAUGGGCAUGCAGUGGUUUGCAACCAGUCUCGGCGUGUUAAUUGGAGCGCCUAUCGCGGGUGUCCUCGAGGGUCACGGAGGAGACAAUGGUUUUCUGGCACUGCAAAUCUUCAGUGGAGCAGGGAUGGCUGUGGGAGCAGCGUUUCUGCUGGUGCCCAUGAUGGCAGUUUGGCGACACGAUCGUACGCAAAUCAAGGCGUGA